GUUUGUAUGAGAGCAAGUUAACCACUUCAACGUCGUUUUUCUCCACAAGGAGCUAUCGUACAGUAAAAUCGACACGUUCAAUCGAAUCCUCUAUCAUUUCUUAACAGCCCAGUGAAAUUUUGACGAUGUCAGAUCGAACCUCUCGGCGCAGCGUACGACUGAACCCAACGCCUCUUGAGAGCAGAGAACAGCCACGAACUGCUGCUUUGACGGCCGGUGUCCAUCGUAAACGCGCAAGAUCACGAGUAUGGACGUCAGAAAAGCGAGUGAGCGACAUAUGCAAAUACAUGUCUAAAACACACCACUUGACGCUUGCCGAAUUUAUUCGAGUGUACGUAACAACUCAAGGUGAUGACGGCUACGGAGAUCGACCUGCGACGCGUGCCAAACGCCUUGCAGACGCGAUAUACACUCAACCAGAGGUACUAGAGGCAAUACGACAACAUCCUGCGUCUAGUGUGGGAGGAAUUGUCACCGUGAAGGCACUGAGAAAAGAAAUGAAAGCGCUGGAAGAGGCCGGAGGUAUGUUUAGUGCCUACCAGGUCGACCGCGAACAAGAGAAGUCUCUACAAGGCGGUAUUAGGCGGGAGGGGCAGUCUGAAGAUGGCCAGAAACCAGAGGACUACGAGUGCAUACUCGACGACAUGCGGUUCGGCCGGAUGUAUGAGCAAGUCCAUACCCAUGCUCCUCUUCUAUGUGGACUGCUCGACGGUCUCAUGGCGCCGAAGAUAGAGAGAAAAGAUCGACCGCCACGAGAUCCUUCCAAAUUCAAGCACAGGACUGCGAUAAUUACGUCGAUUCUCUGUUAUUCUCGAGCCUCGGAAGGAAGUAACAAGUUUCCCCGCGUAUUUGGUGCCUUUCUACACUCCAAUGGCGUUAAACGGCGUGUCCUCGAUCUAUUACACCAUUUUGGGCUUUGUGAAGGGUAUAAAGGGGUUCACAAGCACCUUAAAACUGUGGCAGAGCAAGCGAAGGCAUCGCCACCGUCUCUCGGAAUGGAUUUCGACUAA